CGCGAAUACAGCUGUUAGCGACAUGCGCAGUGGCUGGGGUAAUUAGCGAGGACUAGGUAGGGACAGCGUAUAUAAGUGUUGACACUUUACUCAAGUGACCACCAACCUUCCAAAAGGAAAGAAGAAGCCCUUGACUGUUAACAAAUUACAACAUGGCUUCCAAAAUUGUUCUUCUCCUUGCAUGCUCCAUCGCAAGCUCAUUUGCCAACUAUGCAGGCCUUGGAGGUUACGGCGGUGGUCUAGGAUAUGGCGGUGGUCUUGGAUACGGCGGCGGUCUUGGAGGUGGCUUGGGAUACGGAGGCGGUCUCGGAUAUGGCGGUGGUCUAGGAUAUGGCGGUGGUCUAGGAUACGGCGGUGGUCUUGGAGGUGGCUUGGGAUACGGAGGCGGUCUAGGAUAUGGCGGUGGCCUAGGAUACGGUGGCGGUCUCGGAUACGGUGGUGGUCUAGGAUACGGCCUUGGUGGAGGUCUUGGAAGCGGUUAUGGUGUUGGUGCUGGUUACGGCCUUGGCGGAGGUUACGGAGCUGGAGGCUACAACGGCCUCAAUUCUGGUUACGGACUCGGCGCCGGAAACUACGGAGCUGGAGGUUACGGAGGCGGCUACGGAGGCGCUAACGGAUUCGGAGGAGCUGCCGGCUACGGGGGCGGUAAAACCGGAGGCCACUCCAGCGGAUUCAAGAGCAGCUCCAGCUCAAGCACAUCUGGCUACUCCUCAGGCGGAUACGCCAACGGCGGAGGCGGCUACGCCAACCUCGGAGGAUUCAACGGAGGUGCCGGAUACGGUGGUGGAUCUGGUGCUUACGGUUCCGGCCUUGGAGCUUACGGAAACCUCGGAGCCGCCAACGGUUUCGGAGCCGGAGGUAACUACGGUGGAUACGGUAACUACGGAGCCGGAGCUGGUCUUGGUGGUUUUUACUAAACAAGAAACAACAACAACAACAAAAACCCAACAAACUUUUCCUAAAUAAAAACUUAGACACUUUACACAAAGAGCUAUUGCGUCAUCAAACAGGAAGUAGAAUGAAUGACAAAUGAAUUAUUUGCUGUGUUGAAGGUUGACGUCACAUUUCGCCAUGGAACACCAACUCACGAAACAUACAUAGAAGUGGCUAAUAAAAUGUGGUUGAAAAGUA